CUUAUGAAAGGACUACGUCACUUUAGUGCAAAUACGGACCGUAUAAAGUGUAGAAGGUAUUUUUCUCAAAAGACGAUUGCCCUGAAAAAGACUGGCCUCAGGGAACUACCUAGAAAGACGGGAAAGUUUUGGCAUGGAACACAAAAGAGCGGAGGAGUGAAGAGAUACAGUAAUCAGCCAGACACAUGUGCCAACUUUCUCCCAUUUCCAGUCAUGGGCACAGGUGACACUUUCGCUUUCGCUUGCACACCGGCAUAAAUGCACCUGCGGCGCGCCUCUCCUUCCCCACAGCAGCACCGUCGCGCUCUGGAAGAGACUGGCAGCCAAGCUGAGCUCACGAGCCUACGAGGAAACGGAGACAUGGCCUCUCGAGUCGCAGCCCUGCUCCUGCUGGGUGUCAUCUGCGCUGGGUUCGCAGCAGCUGAGAUUGCGGUGGACUGUUGUCUGAGCACCACUGACAGGUUUCUGCCGCUGAUAAAGAUUGCGAGCUACACCAUUCAGGAAGCCGGGAGGGGCUGCGACAUCAGCGCUACUGUGUUCAUUACAAAGGCUGGAAAGACUCUGUGUGUGGUCCACCCCAGCGAGCGAGCGUGGGUGAAAUCUCACAUUAAACUUCUGGAUAAAAGAAGCAGAGCACAUUAGAUAUCAGACGCAGGGAGGAGCGGACUCCAGGACAAAGAUGGCUGAAGAUCAAGGAGGACCGAGUCCUGAGUGAGAGCUGAAGACAGAGGCCGGAUUCAUUCCCACGUUCCCAUGUUGUACUGCAGACGAUCAGGACAGUCGGAGAAGAUCAUAAUUGUAAUUUCACAAGUGCAAGUGAAAAACUGAAAUUACAGUGCUGUUAUUAGCGACACCGUGUACAAAAUGUUGAGAUGAUUUGUG